UUUUUUCUUCUAGUAUACACGCACACCUGAGAAGAACCGUCAAGAAGGACAGCAAAACAGCCUGAGCAUGAGCGACAGCUUUGUUAUCAAGGUCCGGCUGGCGUCGGGCGAGCUGGUGAACCUCCAGCUGCCCAGCGAAACCACGCUCAUCUCUGAAGUCAAGCGGCGUCUGGCAGAGCACACACAGCUGCCGGUGCAGCGAAUGAGAUUGCUCUUCAACAGCUCAAUUCUAGCCGACGACCAGAACCUCGAGUCAUACGGUAAGUAGCUGGCUGAGUGAUGAGAGGGGUGGGAGCUGGCCUGGGCUUUUCUAUAUACCGCCGUGCUCUAAAUUCGCCUCGUGAAGGAAAAAAAAAAGUAGGUAUCGAGCAAAACUCGGUGCUACGACUCAUUCAGCUGGCAAACAACGAGUCUGCCGCACGCGAUGUCAGCGGCAUUCGAGGAGCCAACGCACAGCG